GGCUGUUCUCAGGCAAACGAACCAAGUUUGUUCCAACGUUGUUUCGAGGAUAGGAUUGUGUAUAGCGCCGUCGCGACGGCCAUGCGCUCGUUAGCUCGUGGGUUUUGAGGCGGCAUCGCAGUGUUGCCGUUUUGUGAGCCCGCGAGUGGUCGUCGGCCAUGAUGAUCGUAGCUGUCUACGAAACCAGUCAGUUUCAAAGUCGGCUACGCGGCGCACGUUUCACCGGGAGGCCCCAGCGCUAUGCACGAGCGUGUCAUAUGACACGCGUUAGAUAGAGUUAUAAGGCUACACUACCGUUGUUAUCUAAAACUAUUUGGAAACAAAAGCAUAAAACAAAAGAAGUAGAAAAGGAAAAUAAAAAGCAGACACACCCACGACUUCAUACAUAUAUAACCCGCGAAAUUUUCGAUCGCCUAUGGUAUAUGUGAUAACAAGUUUCACAAGUUAUUAAUAUGUUACCGGAAGUAAUCGCCGGUUGUGCAAACGUCACUGCAAAUCAACUGGAGUGGUUAAUAUUCAAAUUAUAAUCGAUAAUACGUAGAACGUACCGCACCUCGCGAAGGAUAUCGUCGGAUGAAAUCGUAGAGGAGAAAUUUGACUCUUUUAUCAAUACUGGCUGUGCGCUCACGCAAAAGUCUUAUCGUCACGGUCGAGAUCAUCCCCGCGGAACAAACACGAGACACCGCUAUCAUCGUUCGAGGAGGGAUACCGUUGGGAUCAUAAGAAAUAAAAGCUAAAAUACGAAAUAAAGCGAAAUGUAGCUGAAGAUAGAAAGUGGCGAGCUGUCAGUAACCGUUGCCAAUAGGUCAUGGGAGACGCGUGUUGUAUCGGACACCAUCACGUUGCAGGUAUAAGGAGAAGAGAUGAGGGUGCAGCGGGGGGUUUGGGGUUGGUUGAUUACAACCACGACGGUGGUCAUCACUGCGAUAUUUUUUGCCGGCGACGCGGUAGCUGUGGCAGCAACGUCAUCGAGAUCGGGAGUACGAGAAGAAUGUGCUCAAAGUUGCAUAUGCGAUACGGAAGGUGUCCCAGCGCUGUACUGCGAAGAGAGAAGUUUCCUUGGUCUGGGAUUUCCACAAGAUGUGGAAAUAGUUUCUCUGCAAGGUGUGAGAGCGUCGACGAUUUCAGUCGCGGCUCUUUCACAAGCGAUAAAUCUACGUCGUUUAACGUGGAGGCGAAGUGGCAUAGAAAACUUAGAGGCGGAAGUAUUCAGGAGCACCCAGCUUCUGGAACUUUUAGACCUAGGUGACAAUCAGCUGACCGCGUUGUCAGCCGAUAUAUUCUCUCCCCUGCGUAAUUUGAGGUUCCUAAAUCUAACGCACAAUAGACUCGGAAAUAUUCACAGGAAUAGUUUUCAAGGACUAGAAUCACUGCAGGAGCUUUACUUAUCCGGUAAUCAACUCAGCAUUAUACCAUACCAAGUGUUUUCACCGGCGAAAGUUCUUAGGGUACUCGAUAUAACCGGCAAUUUUCUAGUCUCUUUACCCGAUCAUAGUUUUAUGCAAAAUAAGGCACUGCGCGAGCUUGUGUUGUCCGGUAAUCGUCUGACAAAGCUUCCCUCUCAAGUUUUUUCCGAUCUAAGACAGCUGAGAUCAUUAUCGCUGAACAACAAUGAGAUCCAUAGUUUACCAAGGGGUAUAUUCGCGCAUUUGAAUCAACUCGAAAAACUCGAUUUGGCCGAUAACCCGAUAACGAAUCUCUCCAACGUCGCUUUUCAAGGACUGGAAAACUUGCGUUGGUUGAGUCUCUCACGUACGGAAAUAUCAGCGAUAACAACGAACCUAUGGAGAACCGUGUCUCACCUUGAAACACUCAGGUUAUCGGGAACAAAUGUAAAAACGAUUCGCGAGGGUGAUUUAGCCGGUUUGUCGAACCUUGAAAAACUCGUGAUCAGCGAGAGCCCUCUGAGAGAACUUACAUCGGAAGCUCUCCAGGAUACGCCGAAUUUGAAAAAGAUCGAUAUGCGUAAUAAUAAUCUGGCCUUUUUGCCGGCAGCUCUCGCAUCCCUUCCUCUCGAGGAACUUCAGCUGGCCGACAACCCUUGGGCUUGCGAUUGUCGGAUGUUUUGGUUCAUAAAAUGGGCCGAAACACAAGCCCAUAAAAAUGCUUUCGAAACCGGUCUCGAUUGCGGCGCUGAAAGCGUCGACGUGCUAUUUACGCUUCGUUACUUAAAUUGCACACCACCCUCCCCAGUGUUUGCUACCGCACCCGCGGAAUACGUUCUCCUAAGUUCGGUUCUCCUGGAGUGCGAAUUCGAAGGGAAUCCGGCCCCGUCCAUUACCUGGGUGACCCCCAGUCUGCAAGUGCUCCAUUGGAAUCCGGACUCUUCGUUUCCCGACAUAUUCGUCAAACACCCGGCGUCUCACAAAGCCGACGUUCAAACCACGGACAACCGACUCAGGGUCCUGGCGAACGGCUCGUUAUACAUUAGUACAUUGCUACGCGAAGAUGUUGGCACCUACAAGUGUUUCGCCACAAAUCCGCUGGCCAAUUAUACGAUGCACGUUACGCUUCUCAUGGACUGCAUCACGUACUAUAAUACCAAAAUAUUGAGCAUAGCUGUCGGUGCCGCAUGUGCAACUGGAUUUCUGCUCAUCACUCUAUUCGUACAGUUCCUCCGAUACAUUUUCAACAGAUGCGGCUGCGAGCGUUGGUGCUGUUGCUGCAAGCGAGUAGGUGUUACGCCUCGCGCUAAACAGAUACAUCAGAUGCUCGACAACAUUGAACAAUACAAGAGUCAACAGCUGGAAAGACUAAGGGAGAAUUACACGCAGCAAGUUCACAGAAUAAAGGACAAUUGUGCCGAGCAGGUCGAAUGGAUCCGCGACAGCUACGAGGGGCAGAUGCGUCACAUCAGAGAUAUUCGCGACUACGGGACAAGCCACUUGACCGCACUUCGUGGACAAUAUUACGAUCAGGUGAAACGUGUCCGCGAUUAUUCAACUGGUCAGCUUAACUGGGUACGAGAAAACUACGUGUUUCAGCGUAAUAAGAUACGAAAGUUCAGUGCCCACCAGGUUUUGCGUUUCCGUGAGAGUUACAAGUAUCAGCAACAGACGUUGAACAAGGUACUGGAGAACCUACCAAAUCUGUACUUGGACAAUUGUCGUAGCGGAUCAUGUGGGAAAAGUGAUUCGAUAGUUUUUGAUCCGAAUGACAUAACCGGAAUGGAUACGUACUUCAAAGCUAAAAUCAACAAACUCGUUGAGGCCGCGAGUCUUGAUGACUUGAACAGCGUCUAUUACACCCCAACUGAUAUUUCGACCUCGACUAGUCCCCACGCAUUAGCGCUGCCCGAUGGUGUUCACAUUAAUUACAUCGAAAACGGACCUCCACCUCCGUUGUAUCCGCCUCUAGGUAUUUCAACGUUCUCGAGUCCAGUUUUCCAAAGAAGACAUUCAACUGCCAACAGUGACGCGCCUGUAUUUCGCGGCGUUAGUUCAGAGGAGAUGGCUGGGGAAUCUCGAGAUACGGUCGAAGGACUUAGGCUGUUAUCGAACGGAAUGAGCCUACCCGAUUUACCGCGAGAAACUCGUCUAUAGGGUGAUCAUCCGGGACGACUAAAGCGAAACGAGGAACAAAGUGAUGGUAGAGCAAGAAUCGCUCUGAAGUUCCUUAGCCGAUUAAUAUUCGGCACCGAGGUUGUCUCCGGAUGGACUGUUAGUACGCGAGAAAAAAGUAGUGGUGAUGACUAUGAUAAAAUUGACUAAAAAAAUGUUCUUUUUUUUUUCUCCAUUCGUCCUAUAUUGUUGAAAACUGAUAUAUGUAUAGACAUUAAAUAAUGGGUUGAAAUUUACAUCGAUGUGUGAUGCGUUAAAAGAUGAUUUUUUUUUUUUUUUUAAUCAUAAGAUCAUGAAUUUUUUGUUUUUUAAUACUUAAAUACCAAUAUAAAUUGAUAAAAGCUCCGCUAAAGUUAUUCGCGUAUCCUUAUUAUAAUUGUAUAAUUUUUUUUUUUUUUCGUUCUACCCAAAGUUUGAAGAGACACAAAAAAAGAAUAUAUGACGAUAACAACAUAAACUAAUUGUAAGUGUGAGAAUAAAGAAUCGUGCAGCGCGCGUUAAAAGUGUGUAAAAUAUAACGAGAGAAUCUAUACAGAAGAAAAGAAUGGAAACGUGUAACAAGGCUUAAGAAAAAAAUAUAGAUUAAACUAAUAGAAAAGUAUAAACCGAAGAAGAGAGAGGAGAGACUGGCUUAACAAGUGAGAGAAAAUAAAAAUAAUGAAAUUGUAGAUAAAUUCAGUGCCGCUGUAUAUGAACGUUGAGUGGAGUGCCAAGGAACGAUUAUUUAUUAUCACAGACUAAAAACAAACAAAUUAAAACAUGUAAUAAGAAAAAAACAGAAACAAGAUGAAAAAAAAAAUGGAUAAAAGAAAGAAAAAAAUACAUGCAAUCGGUAUUCAAUUUAAUUUGUUGAAUAACUUAUCUCCUCAAUGAACUCUGACGAUCAUUCUUAGAUCAUGAUAUUUAUAAAUCUCAAGUGCAAAUAAUAUCGAAUUUCUUCCAACUCGGUGAUUGAUUCAUGAUCCGUAAAUCGUAAAGGUAUGCUAACGAAUAAAUGAGUCAGUUUCAAAAUCGAAAUCCGUUAUAAAUCCGAUUCUUAGUCGCUUUUCGGUUUUCUUCCAACAUCUUUAUCUCUUUCUUUAUCGUCAUUGAGGGUUUAUAAAUUUCAAGAUCUAGGCGCCAGACAUUGAAAAAUAAAAAACAAAAAAGCAGUCAGAUACCUCUUCGACUCGAGAACUGACCGCCUCAGUAUUAUUGUUGAUGACUUAAAUUCUCCGUUAUAAUAUAUUAUAUAAUAUUAUAAAAUGAAGAAGAUAAGAAGAGAAGAAAAAAAAAAGGAACUUUCUUACACGAUAUAUUUGUACAUCUAACAUGAAUUUCGUAUAAACAUAUGUAAGGUUCAAGUUUCCUAUACACUCACAUAACUGUAUGGUAUAUCUAUUAUCGAUUCUAUUGUGUAUCAUGUACUACAUGGGAGGCAGCAAAUGGAUAAACAUUCACCGUAUAUAACGAGCGUCAUUUGCCAAUACGAAUAUACCUUCUGGUUUUCUUCUGUUAUUCCUACAUAUUGAUAUAACGUGUUUUCUGUUGUUUUCGAGUCUCACGACGGUCCAUAUCAGAAUAUUCUUUGGUUGUAUGUAUAUACGUUAUGUAUGUAUAAAUCUACAUAAUAUUUCAUUCUCGUUGAUUACUUCUGUAAUAUAUUCAGCAUGAAAAAAAGUUUCUUUUUCUUUCUGUUCACGUAUAAAUAUAAUAAUAUUAAGCUUUAGAAAAUUAAUAAGAGUUAACAAAGAAAGAAAAGAAAAAAGAAAGAAAACUAGUUCGUGAUUAUUACGAGCUAACGACGUCGUAAUUAUUAAAAAUUAUACGAAUUUAAUUAAAUAGAACAUCCAUUAUAAUCUCUAAAACAUACCGCAGGCUUUCAAGAUUGAGAAAAUUAAGAGAAGAAAAAAUAUUAAAAACGAAAAGAACCAUGUACAUAAGUGCACAUCCUUUCCCUUUGUCAUUGAAUAACACUAAUUCCUCCGUUUGAUAAUUUGUUGAAUGCCCCCCAGAUAUUGUGUUAAAUUACAUACUUUUACACAUGUAGAUUCAACAUGUUUUAUUUCUAUUGCGAUUACGUGGGUAAUUCGUGAACAUAUGUUUUUUCAAUGAAAUAAAGUUGAAUAAAAAAAAAGACAAAAAAAAUAUACAUACUCUUACCGCAGCCCGAAAUAAUUUUCAUUAGUAAUUGCAUCACGAUGCAAAAGCCAGCUAGUUCAUGAGAAAAUCAGAAAAGAUAAAGAAAAUAAUACUAAUAAUAACAAUAAAAUAAAAUGAUACGGCAAAAGUACCUAAUAAUCAUCACGUUAUUUAUGAAUAUUCCGUUCGAAACCAUAAUGGCAUAAAUGGCUGAAUAAAUAAAAUGAACAAAAUUUGAAAAUAAUCACAGUAGCAAGUAAUUAUCUAUCUGUUAUAACGCCCUUAUCAAUUGAUAUAAUACACCUGCGUUACAUGAUAAACUUUGUCACCGUCAACAAAAGAUCGCGAACUCUUGCAUAUACAUUAUAUACACGAUGUCUACAUAUAAUAUACAUUUACUAUCAAAAUGCGUAUCAACGUUACAUUAAAGAGAAAUAUCAUCUGUCGUAAUUAUUUACACACCCGGUAGCUUUUUACAGCCAAGAUUUUAUCUAAUUCCAAUUUUCAAAUAAGAGAAAAAGAAAAGAAAAAAUCAAAUAACUUUCGAAAUGUCGAGAGGAAAGAAAAAUCUACCAACACCUCAAUAUAAUAGGUGAUGAAAGAAAUAAUUAAUUUUUUAGAUAUACGAUAACAAUUAAUGUAUUACAAUUAUUGUGUUUCGUUUAUUUAUGUUCAUAUUAUAUGUAUAUAAAAGAAUAGUUUUCUAGAUAAUCAAUUCUACAAUUAAUUUCCAAUUGUCUUCGUACCUGCGCGUACUAGUAACAUACAUAUAGUUAAUAAGCGAGUUUGUUGCUAUUUUUUUGCAUCUUUUUUUCCGCGCGGCGAUCCUGAAGAGGCAUCAAAAGCCGUUCCGCGAUAAUAGAUUACUCAAAUAUAAUAUGAUGUAUUAAAAUAUAUAUGGUAUAUAGUGAUCAGAUUUAGUGUAUAGUUAUGAAAAUUGUCAAAUAGUGUCAAAGAAAAAAAAACAACAAAAAAAAAAAACGAUAGUUAGCGACCAUAUAAGAUGAAUGAAUCCUAUAAAACUUGUGAAAUAAACUGCUGUGUCUUUUCUCAA